AUGGCGAUUAAGAAUCUGCCGUUUAUUCUUCAAUCGUUCUUCAUCAGAGCGGUUUUCUCAACUAUCGAUGCGGUAGUGGAACAGUUUUCCGACAGUUAUCUCUCUGCGUCGUCCAUCUCCAUAGUGGGCUUAGUGGUUUGCUAUGAUGUUUACAGGGAUAAUAACUGUCGAUUUCUGCAUUUAUAUAAUUCCUCGAUUGUUUAUUGUUUCACUACUCGCAAAAUCCAUAAUUUCUCUCUAUUGCAUCAACUUCUAUAUUGCUUUCGUGAUUUUGAUUCUUCUAUGGCGGAUAACCUUCGCAGGGCAAUUCAAGACAUCAAUUUGGGUUCUGAAGAUGAACCUGUUUCACUUCCGGUUGAGGUCUGCAAUGAAGCCGUGAGAGUCAACCAGUUCUCUCUGAUGGGGCGUCCAUUGAUUCCUCGCAAACAGAACAUCCGAGCGAUCCUGACUGCUUUUCCCCGUAUGUGGGGACUUCAAGGCAUUAUCUCCGGGAGAUUGAUUGAGAGGAGGCUCUAUCAAUUCGUUUUUCCUUCUGAAGAAUUAAUGAUGUCAGUGUUGAAUAGAGGGCCAUGGGCAUUUAACGAUCGUAUGACGGUUCUACAGCGGUGGACUCCAGCAAUGGAUGAAUUCUCUCUCAAUUUCAUUCCUUUUUGGGUCCAGAUCCGUGGGAUUCCCUUGCAGUUUCUCACUCACAACAUCAUCAACCAUAUUGCUGGAAUCAUGGCACACGGUCAAGACAAUGUGAUGGCGGUUGAUUUUGAUCCGGAGGCUAUGAAUGCGGUUGAGUUUGUUAGGGUUAAGCUUCACUGGAAUGUUGAUUUCCCAUUGCGAUUUCAGAAGAACUUUCAGUUCUCUCCAGGCGUCAACACUCUUCUUCGGUUCAGAUAUGAAAGGUUACGUGGAUUCUGUGAAGUUUGCGGUCAAUUAACACAUGACACUGGAGCCUGCGUUCAUCAUGUCCCACUUCAGCCUCAAGAAAAUGAAGAUGAUGAUGCUAAUAAUGAAGACAACUUUGAGAAUGCAGAUGAAAAUGAUGGAGACAACUUGGAGGAUGCAGACGCUAAUGAUGAUGAUCAAGAGAAUGCAGAUGCUAUGGAGGAAGAGGGCCCAAUGGAUCAUGCUGUUCAAGAGGAAGUACCUGAAGACAAUCAAAAUGACGAAGAAGGUGCUGCCAAUGAUCCAACUGAGGAAGACAACAAUGACAACGUGAACCUGCUUCCCUUUUCUGAUGAGAACUUCCACGUGACAAUGGAAGAUUUCAUUCGGGAAAGAACAGUGAACUGUUACAGAUGCUUCACCAACUGA